AUGAAACCGUUUAUCUCCCUUCUGCUUGCUUUCAUUUUGCUCUUCACUGCUCCUGCUUUUGCUGCUAAGUACUUUGAAGGGUACUUGGAAAAUGGAAACUUUGAGGAGCCACCAAAAAAGACUGACCUUGACAAGACUGUGCUGAAGGGAAAAUAUGCACUGCCCAAGUGGGAAAUCAGUGGCUUUGUUGAGUACAUCUCUGGUGGGCCGCAACCAGGUGGCAUGUACUUUCCUGUGGCUCAUGGAGUCCAUGCUGUGAGGCUUGGGAAUGAGGCCGCAAUUUCUCAAACCAUACCGGUGAAGAAAGGGUCUCUUUAUGCAUUGACAUUUGGUGCAUCGAGGACUUGUGCACAAGAUGAGGUUUUGAGAGUCUCAGUGCCUCCUCAAUCUGGGGACCUGCCUUUGCAGACAUUGUAUGAUAGUAAUGGUGGAGAU